AUGGAAACGUCAUCGACGUAUCGAAAUCUUAUCAUAGGUACGUAAAACCAAAAAAAUCUUGUCAGCUUAACUUAGAAUCAUCAGGAAAAGAAAAGACCAUAGGUAAUAAUACCCAAUACGCAAAGGAUGAUAUAACCAAGGGAACGGAAAUCACUUCACAACGUAAAAAGAAUAAAAUAAGAGUAAGUUUCUAUUAUACCUCUUAUAGAUACAUCAUAUUAACUGUUCAUCAAUACACAGACAAGCCCUACAACACUAGAAAAGUCUCACGAUAACCCCAAGACCCACUACCCAUUGACUCCAAACACCAAGUGA